AUGAGCAGUACAAACAGCAACAGUUGCUUGGAUGAUCCCCUUUGUCGGAAAAUCAGUGACCAUAUCGUUUCGAAGAACCGUCAGUUGCGCCGACUUUCACAGCUGCUGCUGGUGGACACCGAAUAUCUGCGCUUCUCGGAGAUCGCCUUGGAAUCGGAGUGGUUCCUGGACGAACAUUGCUGCCGGUUUGUGGGCCCCUCGCUACCAACGGAUAUUGGGCUGAGCUACCUGAAGAUUUAUAUCGGAAAGUUGCGGUUGCUGCAGCUAACCGGAAGGUUUUGUCUGAGGAGGAUCUACCAGUUUGCACGGGUUUGUGCCGAAUGUGAGGACGAACAGUUUGUGCAGGUGCUGACGGAACGAGUUUCCAGUACGACAGAAGCGUUUUGCAAAAACUACAGCACAUUUGUUAAGGAAACACAGGAGUUGAUCUUUCAGCUUCCGGAAAUUUACCUAAUUGGAGAAUUUGAAAACCAACUGGUGCAGACCGAGUUUCUGUAUUCAGUAGUAGUUAAAAAUCAAUCAAAUCUAUCGGACUCGAAUCCUUUGAAGCUUCAGCGGAGCUUCGUGAUUCAAAAGCUAGAUUUACUCAAAAGGAACAUCUUAACAGAAUAUCGGCAAACGAUUACCCAAUAUCUUGAGCUCGUAAACGAAAUGGAACCGAUUGAACCGGGUGCUUCGCUGGAAUCCGUAAGGACGCGGCUGGCGGAUGAGAUCAACAGAUCCCGAACCGAUUUGGUUAUUGCGGAUACGGAACUGGUCGAGUUGAGGAAAGAACUUUUUUCUUCGACUGUAAUUAGUUUGCGGGAACAGCGAGAUGUUAUCGUUGACCAUCUGGAGGCUAAGGAGCUGGAUUUGGAGCAGCGGAUUCAGUCGAUUGAAGCUUUGCAGACCGAUAUCGAGAGUUUGGAAGAUCAGGUCUCAAAGCUGAUAGCGGAACGAGAAAGGGUACAGGGUGAGCUGCGACGCAAGAGAGACACCCUGCGGCAAGGCAUCCGAGAAGUGGUUCGCCUGGAAAAGUUGAUCCAGAAAAUUGAAAUGGAGAUAUCGGAGAGAACGGAGGUGUUCCAGGAGAAAUUGGAGGAGCUGGAAAGGAAACGCUUAAAUAUUUUGAAUGAUCCAAAUUUGACGGAAGAAGAGCGCCAACGAUUGUUGGCUCAGAUGGAGAAUGAAGUUAGGCAGUUGGUAAAAGACUACCAGGCUGAUCAAACUAUGCUUAAAGACAAAACUAUCGAUUUGCGAGCGCUGUCUAUGAGUAUAGCUGAAGACAUGGAAGCUUUGAAAGGAGAACUGGAAAAGAAGCAUCUUGAUGAGUUGAGGGAAUUGGAGGAACGCAAGAAGAACGCUACUCCAUCUGAACUGGAACUGAUCAAUGCUAGGAUAGCUGAACUGCAGCAGGAAUUCGAGGAAAAUAUGGACAUGCUGCAGAGAGCUCAGGCAAGAGUAAAAUAUUACGAGGAUGAAUUCGGAAGGUAUUAUAUCAACGAGAAAGGCCAAAAGGUUUAUCAACGUGAUUCGGCUGCUUCCGAGUACAUUCUUAAUGCGGACGGCCAGUGGGAGAAAGUUAGAGAAGCCCUUGAUUUGAAGACGGACGAAAAAGGAUUAUAUUACAUAGAUAAAUUUGGUAGAAAAAUUUACUCAAAAAAGUUUUUUGAAGACGAAUAUGGUAAAUACUACGUUGACGCUGAUGGAAAGCGUGUUUACUUGGAACAAUCCAGCAUGGGAGAUCUGGCUCAAAGCUCAGAGGCUACCAAAGGGAGUUUGAAAACUUUUCCAUCUUUUAGCGAGUCAUCGAUGACCAGAACGGAUCUCACCCCAUCGGAAAUGGCUUUUUCCGAGAAGAUGAAGGAGCAGCGUGCAUCAGACGUCAAGUAUGUCCAGGACGCCAUUGGACCGGCACUCACAAAAGCUCUGGCCCUGGCUUUCCUGCAGCAACCGGAAGAUCCGAUUGAAUUCAUCGCUAAAUAUCUGGAAAAAUAUCACCAGAAGCAGGAGGAAGAGUCUGCUCGGGCCGAACUUCUUUCCAAGGUAUGCUCGCUGAAAGAGGAAAUGGCCGAGAAGAUUAAUAAGCCGGAUGACGACGAGUGCAGCUCCUUUUAAACAUCGCUCUGAAGAAAAAGAAAAACCUUAAACGCCUAAACUUCUCAAGCGUGCUUUAUUUUAAAGAAGGAG